CUCUCCUCAGCGCCAGCCUGCCGGUUGCUAGGAGUCAGCGACGCCGGCCCUGCGGGGGAUUCAACACCGCGGGCCCCUCCUACCCCGGCCUCGCCUGUGGCGCGUAGCGCAGCGCGCCUCCAGGGCCUGCGAACGGCGAUGGAGUCCGGGAAGAGAAGAUCCAAAGAUGAUACAUGGAAAGCAGAUGACCUCAGAAGACACCUUUGGGCUACACAGUCAGGGACUCCCAGGGAGGAGAAGAAGCACAAGGAGAAGAAGUUACAUAAGGACUUGGACACAGACGUCCCGGACCUCAAGGAUCAGAAGCCCAGGGACCCAGACCGGGAGACCAAGCGCCGAGAGAGGGUGGCGGACAGAGACGGCCACAGCUCCAGAGAGCAUCCCCAUGGGAACAGAGACAGGGAGAAGCCUCGGGAGAAGAGAAGGGAUGCCCAGGACUGGGACAGAGAGCGGCUGAGGGACGAGGCCCGAGAGCAGGACGUGGAGAAGCACCAGAGCCGAGGCAAAGACCGGGAGAGGGAGAGGGACCGAGAGCGUGACCGAGAGCACCAUGCACGGUGGGAAGAGCCCAGGCUGGCCACCACGCACCACAACCUGCUGGGCCUGGACACACGCAGGCUGCCCCCCGACCUACACAAGCACAGGAUGCGGUCAGUAAGUAAAGUAAGGGCUGAAGAGAAGGAGAGGAGAGAGGAGGAGUCAGAAAGAGACGAGGAGAGAGAAAGAAGAUACCGGGAAAGGAAGUUGCAGUACGGCGACAGCAAGGACAACCCCCUCAAGUACUGGCUUUACAAAGAGGAGGAGGGGAGAAGACACAGGAAGCACAGAGAGCCCGACCGAGGAAAGAAGCAUCAAGAGAAAAGCAGCACCAGGGAGAAAAGGGAGCGGCACUCGAAAGAAAAAGGCAGCUCACUCUCUGAAAGGGAAGGGGACGCAGGGCACAAAGAGAAACGCCAUGAAGAAGGCCUCCACUUCAGUGACGAGAGGCACCACAGUCGUGGGGACAGAAGAGAGAGGUCGUCGAAAGAAGAGCGCAGGAAAAGGGAGCCCAAGAACGGUGAACACAGAAAGCAAGGUGGAGGCUCAAAGAGAGACGGGACUGGCGGCCAGCACGCAGAGACCGCGGUGAGGAACGGUGGGAGAGAGAAGGAGGUGAGGAGGAAGGAAAUUGAAAAGGAAGACAUUGACUUAGAAAAUGUUGGAGCCGGUGGCUAUACGGCCAGUUUUGAAGAUGAUUUUGAAGACUACGAAGACGACUUUGAGGUUUGUGACGGAGACGACGACGACGACGACGACGGGACUGAUGGGCCGGAAUCGAGAGGGAAGACGGAGGAGCUCCCUCCGGCCAGAAGGAGGGAGAUACAGGACGUCCAGGACGCCAUCGACGCCGAGAACGAGCGGGUGGGCGAGCUGGCCUCGCGGCUGAAGCACGGCAGGAUGGAGCCCGAGAGGGACCCCGAGACGAAUGCAAAUGGUUCGUCUUCCAGAGCCCCUGUCUGUGGGAUAUUUGUGGAUUUUGCAACCGCCUCACACCGUCAAAAGAGUCGGACUCAGGCCCUGAAGCAAAAGGUGCGCAGCACGAAGCUGCUCCGGCUCAUCGACCUGGACUUCUCGUUCACGUUCUCCCUCUUGGAUCUGCCGCCCGUGAACGAGUAUGACAUGUACAUCAGAAACUUCGGGAGAAAGAACACCAAGCAGGCGUACGUGCAGUGCAACGAGGACCGCGUGGACCGCGACGUGCAGACGGAGGAGACGGAGGCGCGGGAGGUGUGGACGCAGCACCCGGGGGAAGGCUCGGCCGUGUCUGGGGGGAGCGGGAGCAGAGGCCCCUGCGCUGCGGACCUGCUGAAGGUCGACACGCCCCGCCUGUCCAGCUUCCUCCGGGCGGCCUGCCAGGUGGUGGCGGUUCUGCUGGAAGAGGACCGUGUGGCGGCGGCCCCCGGCCGGGACCCCGGCGCGCAGGACAGCGCCCUGCCCCUCAGCGCCAGCUCCUCGCCGCUGAACACCAGCCUGCCCUUCCUGCAGCAUCGGAGCGUGUCCUGCCUGCACGCCUCUCGGGCCCAGAGGCGCACGGUGGUGUCCGUGCACGGUCUGCCCGGGAAGCCCUUCGCCGCGCCGCUGGACGGCAGACACCUGCUCUGUGUGUGGGACAUCCGGCAGCCCUCGGGGCCUCAGAGGGUCCUGGUCUGCGAGCCGCAGGUCACCUGCUGCUGCCUGAGCCCCUCCAAGGCCUUCCUGCUGUUCGCGGGGACCGCCCACGGCUCUGUCCUCGUGUGGGACCUCAGAGAGGACGCGCGGAUGCACUGCUACGUCAGGCUGAGCGACUGCUGCUGGACGUUCAGGACGGCGACCUUCUCCACGGAUGGCCUCCUCUCCCCCGCAAGCCACCGCAGCCCGCUGCGCGCCGUGGAGCCCGUCUCGGCGUCCAGCUGCGAGAAGCAGAGUCUCGUCCUCUCGCCCUUCCCUGCCCGAGAAGAGAUGUCAGGCCUGGCGUUCCACGUCGCCUCCUUGGACGAGAGUGGGGUUCUCAACGUGUGGGUGGUGGUUGAGUUGCCGAAGGCAGACGCGGCAGGCUCAGUGAGCGAUUUGGGGUUACUGCCUGGAGGGAGGAUCAAGUUGGUGCACAGCACCGCGUCUCACCUGAGUGACAGCCUGGCCCACCGAGGCGAUGGUCGCUGGGGGACCCCACAGACGCUGAGCAUCAGAUUUCUGCCCGCGGACCCUGACCGCUUCGUCGUGGGCACCAACGUGGGUGUCGUAGGUCACGGCGCCAGGCAGGGUCUGAGGGUGCCCCCCAAGUGCUUCAGGCCCCGCCAGCGAGGCCCAAGGCCCGUCAGCGUGAGCACGAUCGACUUCUCGCCGUUUGGGGAGCCGCUGUUCCUGGCCGGCUGCAGCGACGGGAGCGUCCGGCUUCACCAGCUGGCCCUCGAGCAGCCGCUCCUGCAGUGGGACCACAGCACCGGGGGCCGUGCCGUCUCCGGCCUCCAGUGGUCCCCCACCAGGCCCGCCGCCUUCUUCGUCUGGGACGAGGCAUCCUGCCUGUACGUGUGGGACCUCCUGGAGAGCGACCUGGGCCCGGUGGCCACGCACCGUGUCUCCCCAGACGGGCUGGUGGCCUUGACCGUCGUGGGCGAGCCCGAGAAAACCAGCGGCAGCUUCCUGGCCCUGGUGAUGGCCAGAGCCUCGGGCCUCGUGGACGUGCAGUACGUGAAGAGCGAGUGGGCGGCCCCGGUGCCGGACGAGCAGAGGCGGCUGCGGCGGCUCCUGCAGGAAGUGCUCUAGGGGGGACCGCGGGGCGCCGUCCCCGUGGGGCCCGUCACGCGUGGGCGUGUAUAUUGUGUACAUAGAAUACGUAUGUUCUGUACAGGAUCCACUUGACGGAAUGUCACGUCAGCGUUCCCAGAAAAUAAAUCACUGUUUUUGAAUGGAAA